AUGAACCUUGUAACAGCUAUAAUCAAUAUGUUAACAGCCCCUCUCGCUGUUAUCAGCAACCUUUUAAUUUUCGCUGCAAUCGUUUCUCGACUUAGAGCACCAUCAAAAAUUUUGAUCGCUAGCUUGGCCCUCUCGGAUGUCUUUGUUGGGCUUGCAGUUCAGCCGGGUUACGUUAUGUACCGACUCAUGGAAAAUCAGCAUCGUUCCGUUCCCUGCUUUGUCAGAAUUGUAUAUGCAAAUGCUUUUUACAUUUGUUGUGGUGUGGCUUUCAUGACACUAGCUGUUGUUAGUUAUGAGCGAUUGAUUGCAGUUCGACUUCAGGUGAGGUACAAUGCUGUGUUCUCCUCAAGUCGUAUUCUGAGGUAUAUGGCAUUUAUCUGGAUACUCAACAUUCUUUUUACAAGUUUGCAGUGGGUUGUGGUAAAGCAGGUUUCAAGAGGUAUACAUUUGAUAGCUUGGUUCAUUUGUCUUCUCGUAGCUGUAGUAUCAAACAUUGGAAUCAUUUUGAGUUUACGACAGCAUUCUCGACGCGUGCAACCCGCCAGUCGUCAUCCAUCUAAAAGAAACCAGAGCAAGCGAAGAAUAUCUAGAGAAGUAAACGUAACAAGAAGCAUAUCAUUCAUCGUUGCAGUUUACUUGAUGUUUAAUAUACCAGUUUUGUUUGUGACAAUUUAUCAUCAGAUAUUGGGUAGAGAUAUCAAGACUUAUAACCACUACAGCUGGUCAGAAACUCUUGCUUUUCUCAACUCGUGCACAAAUCCAUUGGUGUGUUGUUGGAAAAGUCGCGAAAUCCGUCAGGCGGUGAAAGCAGUAUUAGACAGAAUUUUCUGCAAAUAGAAUACUUUAAGAUUGGAGCUCGAAAGAGAUGUCAAGAGUUAAAACCACCACAGCUGGAUGGCUCUUUCUAUUCUCAGCUUGCAGCUGAUGUGUAGUUGGAAUUACAAAUUCCGUCGAGUGGCCAAAGAAUACGUAACUAAGUAUCUCGAAUCCCGUCCAUUUGAGAGAAACGAAAAUACAGUUUGAAACAGGAUUCAGCUUGGUCAGUGGUCUUCGUAGUAAUUUUUGCAAUUACUGAGUUGAUGUUAUUUUUCGUUACUGCGCAACUAGACACUUGAUAACCAUCCAUCUCCCAAAAAAUGUUUGUUUUGAUACGUCCUAUGAGGCUUUUCUACAUAUGUAUAAACGAUGCAGUUAAUUCAAUACACUCUCCCUUUUGGAAUGUAGCGCUUCAGACCACAAUCCGAUAAAAAAAGGGAAAACAUAGGUACACACGAAACUUUUUCCAAACUAGCCGACAUAACAAAGCCCAUAAUACAAAAGUACAAUGUAGUUGCUCCCUUACACCUUUUCAAUUGCUAAGCUAGAGAAAUAAUUUAGACAAACCUGUAAAUACGUAGUUCCUCAGUGAUUUAUACAAUAUGCCUGUGUAGGCGAAAGAGCACGUGCAACGUUUGUUUAACUGACAGAACUUUGUCUCGGAAUUUAAAGAGAUAUCUGCAAAAUGUGUAAAAUCUGGCAUAAAUUACUUCCUUCGCGAGAGGGACUCCUUGACAGACAUUGGAUAAUAACAUUAAUUUAAUAAUUUUAAUAAUUUAAUUUUUAAUUUUAGGGCACUCCAUUAGAAUGCUUGACUCCGACUGGUCCCCAAAAGCCUGUCCCUUUGCUGGAGUUGAUUUCUUACACAAGGCCAAACUUUCUGUUUUUACCCGUUACCUUAAAUUAAGGUUACUUCCCACCUUCGCGAGUGUCCUUCGGGAAAAAUUCGCACGCGCGCUAGUUUCACUAAAAUGCUAGCAAACUAUUUAUCAGAAGAAAGCUUAAAAACUGCAGUUUACGAUGAAAAUAUAAUUGAAGCGAUUUUUUUCUUUAAGGAAAUGUCAGGGGCCGGUAAGCCGUGAAACGACCGAAGGUUCUUCUAUCUAAUUUAUCGGGUAUCAGACGCCACAGCACAAGCAGGCUGCACAGUCUCAUUCACAAGGCAUCAAUCAACAAAAGUGUGUCACGCAUUUUCGAUAUUCUGAUUGUUUAUCGAGAUAUCGGCAUCUAAAGUUGGAGUAGCAAAAAAUAUGCUAGUCGUGUUGUGCAAAUGGAUGCCACGCGACAAAUAUUUAAAAUAUCAAAAUUCCCCGACACACUUUCGUUUGCCAUUAUUCCUGGGAUAUUCUGGCGAAAUUUGACGAAAAUCAGUUAAAUCUAUAUACCAUAUAAAUUCGCUCAAAGUGGUUGUAUUCCCCCAAAAUCAAAUACGAGAUUUUAGUUCAUAAAGGUUUGCAAACAACUCACGCCACGCCAGGAGACUAUCUCGCCUCCUGAAACCGCAAACCAACAGUACAAUGGGAUCUCCUGGCGUCAAUGACGAUGGAUCAAGAUUUCCCGGGAAAAGUAACAUGUAUUGCAGACACAUUUUUUUUUUUUUUGAUCUUGAUCGCUCAGUGGAGCGUUGAGUAGGACGACACAGUAAAGAGCAAAGUUACCAGAGGCAAAAGAAAUACCCGCACCAAAUUGGAAAAACCGGAAGAUGUGCUGGGGAGCAAGACAACGAAUCGACAAACAGCUUUCAAAAUUACGAUUCGAGGCGAUUGUUAAUGCUUUUGUAUCAAGGCUGGUACUUGCAUAAAGAAAAGGAAACCUCGUUUUUAACAUCAUGUUGGGCAAAUUUUUGUUUGACGGCGACUUCUGUGUUCGAAAUCUGGACGCCGGCGUGGAACUCCGCCACUACAAGUCUUCUUCCGCUUUUGAUUUUUCCAUGAACAAAAAUUUUUCCAUAUUCCAUAUUCCGUAUAUUUUGAACAAAGAGCUCCCACGUGUGAAUUCUGUAAAGUGUGCGAUGUGAGCAAAGUAUGGAAAUAACAUGAAAAUCGAGCCCCAACAUGAGCGGUUGCCGCGAAAAUUACCCCAGGGGAUUCGCCCAGGUCCGAGAUUAUGACACCUUUCUGAUUUAUAAACUUUUAUUUGAAAAUACGGUUUUCUAAAUAACUUGGAUGCUUUUUAAGAUUUCAGAAAUUUUUUUAUGAAAACGUUAGGUUGAAUGUUCGAAUUCAGCUUUGUCAAAUAAAAUAAAAAUCGAUUUUUUCGGUCCCUGAAGGUGGGGAGUAACCAUAAAGCUGCUAUAAAUAUAGUAAAAGUCAAAUCAGACGGGUGAAAACCCAAUUAUUUGAGUUGUAGUUACCAGUGCUAACCAGUCAGACUUAAGAAAAUAUCCUGGGAGAGCAAGUGCAUUAACUGUAGUAUUGAAUUAAACCUACAGUUUGCAACACUAAAGUUGCUGAAGUUCUACAGUUCAUCAGGAGAUUUUAGAAUCUGGCGAUUUUUUUAAAUGCUUCAUUACCAAAUUUUAACACAAGUGAAAAACCUUUGUUUCACACUGUUUUAGAAUAAUAAGUAAGUAAUCGUGCUCCUUAUUUUAAAUUUGCCACGCGCUGAGCACUCGACCGAUUGCAAGUCUCACUCCCGUUUAUUUCUUAUAAUUUUGCACAAAUCAGUCUUGUCACCAUUUCUUAUUAUAUGAUAAGCUGAAUUGUUUCUUGAUUGUUUUUUACCUAUGAUAUAUUGGAGGAGGUCACCAUUAAUAGGGAUUUGCAAUUGCUUUUCAUCAUAAAAACACACUGAACAACAUUUUUUAAAUCAUAGUAAUGUAUAUUAAAUAAUUUUAUUUCACGUUGCCGUGGUUCUGUACAAUAAUCGAUCACAUAGAACGUCGAAAUGCAUGUGGUAAGUAUAUCGAUCACACACACGGCUGCGCCUCGUGUUCUUAUCACAUAAUGACGUAAACAGUGAUAUGUUACUGAGCAGACACCAAGCAACACAAAAUCAAAUUGUUAAAUAUAAAUAUUACGAUAAAAAAAAUGUUGUCAAGUGUUUUUUUUGUUUGUUUGUCUAUUUUUCAGUUUAAAGGUUCAAGGUUUUCAAGGUUCUACUCAUGCACUCUUGGCAUCAGCUGGUGGGAAAAAGGGGCCAACGCUCAGGUUUUUGCCCGUACUGGCCUCCCCACAAUGUACACGCUGCUCAGACAACCAAGACUAAACUAGCUUUGCCAUGUGUGCCGUGUGAAAAACGGUCGGAUCCUCAAGGACAUCUUCUAUGGUCAACCUGCUUUGGGCAAAAGACCCUAAGGUUGCCCCCAGCUGAUAUACAGCUAUUUCAAUUUACGUUGUCGGAUCAAAGCUUCAAGGGUACAUAACGUUCGAUAGUUCUUGGUGACAUCCAUAAAGCAGCUGCAACCUCAUCCACUUGAAACCCCAACAUUUCUUUCAUCCAAAUGGCUCGCCAUCAGAGAUCUUCGCUGUAUGGACGAGGCAUUGUUAAUGUUGCUGAUAAUUAUUCAUUAAGAUCCCAUAUUCCCCUUCGGUCUUGUCUUGUAGGCUUGAGGCUUUGAUCCGACAACGUAAAUUGAAAUAGCUGUAUAAAGAUGUCUGCCAGCGCAACAUAAAAGCUCUGGAUAUCAAUAUAGAGAUCUGGGAAGACACUGCAGCAAACCGCCGCAGCUGGCGCUGCUUGCUCAAGAAAUUCGACAUCGACCAAAGGAGGCCUACUAUUAGUACUCCACAACUACUCAUGCUGAAUGACCAGGUUAUUCAAUGUCAACAUGUACAGUUCAAGAAUAAUUAGAGGACAGUUUGUCCAGCUGUAGUGGUUGUAUGUCUUGAUAUCUCUCUCCAGUAUCUUAUUAUAAAGCGUCACGAAUAGGACAGGCAGGUUAAACAUUAAGUAGACCCCAACGAUGAAGGACACACUUUUUGUCAACCUCGUUUCUCUUUGCCUCUGCCUUUGACUCCGUUCGGGCAGGUUAGAAUUGGCAGGUUACAUUCAGUUUCGAUUUUGGCGCAAAUUAAAAAAUGAUUCCCAUAUUUGCCACUGCAGCGAUAAGAGGUGAACCAAGCCACCAAAUGGAUCCCUUUUGAAAUCUUGUUUACACCGGCCCACUGCAGACUUGUGAAAAUAAUAUUGAAAACCUAGAUAAAAGCCUUAUACUUCGUUAUUCGUAUGGGGGAAAACACAGCAUUGUACCUUGCCCGAAGAGGAACUGCUACGAACUGCUCGUAAUUGACAGUAGCUAGCGUCAUAAGGGCCACUCCAUAACAAAUGUAGAAAGCAUUUGCAUACAAAAUUCUGACAAAGCAGGGAACGGAACGAUGCUGAUUUUCCAUGAGUCGGUACAUGAUGUAACCCGGCUGAACAGCAUUACCAACAAAGACAUCCGAGAGGGCCAAACUUGCGAUCAAAAGGUUCGAUGGUGUUCGAAGCCGAAUUAUGAUAGCAGCGCAAAUUAAAAGGUUGCAAAUGACAGCGAGAGAGGCUGUUACUAUAUUGAUUAUGGCUGUUAUAAGGUUCAUCGUGUAACGCUCAGAUACGUGGUCAAAAGAUGGAUCGGGCAGGUGGAAACAAGAAAGCGGUGGACCUUCCAUCGAAGAGUUGUUGGCCACGAGUUCCGCAAAAUGUCCGUUAAGAAUCGCCGAUGUUAUUGUAUUCUGAUAAAGCUAGAUGCAAAGUAAAUCCAUUAGACAAAACUGUCGAAUUUACAUUUGGAACCUUUCUAAAAUAGGUCACAGUAUAUAAGUGUAAUUUUCUAGGCUAAAAAGGUCAUUUCGCUCAUGGAAUGUUCUCCCGCACUUUGUGAUACCCGUCGCACUUCGUAAUACCCAUCAAUUUGUAAUAACACCUGUCGCACUGUUUUAUACAAAAGCCGUCUCACCUUGUAAUAAAAUACUAUACCAAGUUUUAAGACCGGUAAGAUAGGUAGUUACACUUUGUGAUGACACUUGUCGUGCAUUUUGUUAUUAAAAGAGCAAAAAACACAAAACCUUUUAAUAACGUAGCUUAUGCAAUUUAGAUAUCUUGAUUAGAUCUAAGUGCUGGUUACGUAAUCAAACAUGGUAAAUUUGCAUUACGGGUAAGGAAAAGAAAGGGCCGCACUUCUGCUGUAACGAUAGGAUUUUUAGUCAUCAAGUUUGUAUGAUAGCGCUAAAAAAUAUAUAAAAUUCAACGUAGAAACUGCGAGAUUUUGCUAAGUUCAGCAUGCGUCAACGAUACCGGUCUCAAUACAGUUAGCUGCAAACAGUUUUUAUUAGAUCAAAUCUGUAAUUGAUGUUAAACUGUAACCGUCACUGUCAUGAUCCUUUGUGUAGUUGUUAUCCACCUGAGCUUUUUGAAAGUAAUUAAUCAUGUAAAAAGGGGAAAUUCCUAUUUAAACAAUCGUCGUAUCAGAUUACGUUUUCCUUAAGCUUUAGAUAAUUCAUAGCAUUGCCUAAUCUUUUGUACCUCAGGCUUUGGGAGUAUCGGGGGUCGAAAAAUAGUGAAAAAGGAAACCAGUCAGCUUAGUGGUGCUUACACAAUAAAUCCACGUUGGAGCCAAUUUUGUUGUAGUUAGUCAUUGUCUCGAGGAUAGUCAACAGCCGUAAUAGAUCCCGAUCUUCCCGCAGCCAGCCAGUGCCCCAGGAAACCCUUUCCCAAAAGAAGUUUAUCGAGUUGUUCCCCGCCUGUCAGUUAUUUGUGAAGGCAAAAAAACCUGUUUUCACACUGCUCCUAAAUCGGUGAAACACCCCUUCGAAUACCGAUCUUUUAGGUUCUCUGUGCCCAUCUUUGAGAAAAAUGUUUAAAGCCCUGACAUAGCGAGUUUUCUGUUACAUUCAGCUCUUUCUUGAAAGCAUGACUAAAGCAGCAUAUUCGAUGAUCUUACCACAACCUCUACAUCCCUUUUUUUUUUGCAGUGACGACGUAAGGCAAUUGAAUGCUGAGUGUCGCUGUGCUUUAAAGGAGAUGAAAGUGUGUGGGAGAAUAUUCCGUGGAUAUCAUGUCAUACAAUAGGCAUUCGGGAAGGUCACACAUGUUUCUAGGCAAAUGUUCGCUACAGACCUAUUUGACACUACGAAAUCAUUUUCAAGACAAUGAAGAAGUUUUGAUCCUUCCACUGGAGUUUUGUUUUCUAUGAGUCUCCAUGUAAUAUCUGAAAAUGCUUUCGCUGCAAUGAAUGCUCAGCAGGGAUUACAGCCGCGGUAAUCAAGCAACAGAAAGAGGCAGGAAAAUAAAAAAAACACCUGCCUUAGGAGGACAGAACCUCCAACUACAGCAUAAACCAAACCAUAAGAAUUCUUCGGGAUAUAGAACAUCAUUUUAAUUUUUAAAUUGGAAACGUUUAGCGAUAUCACCUCAAGUCAUAACGGAAGUCCCACAUCUCGUGGUGAUAGGUCUUGCCCAAGGAUAUAUUCGCACUUCCUCCUUUUACCAUCAAAAAAGGUAACUGUUGUGUAUUCAUUUGGAGGAGACACUUAAUCCUUAAUUGCUUUCUAUAUUUAUUGUCUUUAUUCAUGGAUUAGCUCUUUAAUAAGCGAGUACAAUUAUGUUAUUUGAUUAAAGUACUUUCACAUCACUCAGUAAUCCUUGAUAUUACCAGUAUUGGUAAAAGUACUCUUUCUAUGUUCUCAACACACUAUAAUUACUACCACAGUGCCUGACUUGGCUCUCGCAAUAAAGUUUAGCAAUAAAAUUGAAACUAGUAUCUCCCUUAGGAAGUAAUGGGGAAGCACUCGACUAUUUUGCCCAUUGUUCGCUUCCCGCGUGCUCUACGACAAAACAGUGCACUACAGGGGCUUCUUUAAUUUAUAAUUGUCUGUUUCAAGUUACGUAGUGUCAAAAAACCGAGUGUGUGCAUGGGAUUAAAUUGAGUUAGAUUGGUGCCCAAUAGAAACCCUGCACGUUAUCAUCGUGUGUAGAAAAUUGUUUAAAUUUAACAUUCAAAAUGCCAGGGGCCUGAACUGGAAGAACCACACUUUUUAAAUGAUAAAUGAUAACAACUUUUUUUUGUAACUUGAUGAGUUUAAGUCGGUUGACAGCACGUCGUUGCUUUUAUGGUGCUAGUAGUAAUAUGUAAAGAAGUUUUGCCUGUUUCAAGUUACGUAAUGUCAAAAAACUAGCGUGUGCAUGGGAUUAAAUUGAGUUUGAUUGGAUGUUUUCUACGAGAAGGGCUCUACAAUAUGCUUUGGGGAUAUGGACGGUAAACAUUUUUUUGACUGCUAUGGAAUGGGCUAAAAUAGAUAAGGCUAUGAGAGGUAUUCAUCUAACUCUUUGGUAUCUUUGCCUUCUUGCCUCAACUGCGACCCAAAUUGGCGUUUUAAUGGCAAACAUACAACCACUACAGCUGGACAGAGAUGCUGGCUUUUCUGAACUCCUGCUCAAAACCAUUUAUAUGUUUCUGGAAAAAUAA